AUGUCUAAUAAUCCAAAUAACACCAAUUCUACCGCUACUGACAGGUCAAUUGAAUUCAUUGCAGACGAUGUCACGUCAAAUAGAUCGAACAAUGUAAGAAGAAUGCUUAUAAAAGAAUAUAGGAAAAUUGGCCGUGGUGCAUUUGGUACUGUGGUGCAAGCUUAUAUGACUCCCGAUAAAGAACAUUGGUAUGGUCCUUUCGCUAUAAAGAAAGUUCCUGCACAAACUGAAUACAAAUCAAGGGAAUUAGAGAUUUUAAGAAUAACUGAUCAUCCAAAUAUAGUUAAAUUAGAAUAUUUCUUCACUCAUAUCUCAACUAAUGAUCAUAAAGUUUACCAACAUUUAGCUAUGGAAUGUCUACCAGCAACUUUGCAAAUUGAAAUUAGUCGAUAUUCUCAUAAUGAGUUGGAAAUGGCGUUGAAACAUAUCAAACUAUACAGUUAUCAAAUUGCUCGUGGUAUGUUAUACUUACACGCAUUCGGUAUUUGCCACAGAGAUAUAAAACCCUCUAAUAUUCUCGUGGACCCAUCAACAGGUAUUUUAAAGAUUUGUGACUUCGGCUCAGCUAAAAAACUAGAACAUGAUCAACCUUCUAUCAGUUACAUCUGUUCAAGAUUUUAUAGAGCCCCAGAAUUGAUACUUGGGUGCACGCAAUACAGCACUCAAGUGGAUAUAUGGGGUCUAGGAUGUGUCAUAGGUGAAAUGUUAAUUGGUAAAGCUGUCUUCCAAGGGGCUGAACCAUUAUUGCAAUUACGUGAAAUUGCAAAAUUAUUAGGACCUCCUGAUAAAAAAUUUAUUUUCUUUUCAAAUCCAAGUUACGAUGGUCCAUUAUAUUCAAAACCAUUAUUUGCUGGAACUUCAAAAGAAAGAUUCGAAAAAUGUUUUUCUCGUGCUGGCCCCGAAGGUAUCGAGUUAUUAAUGUCUGUCCUGGUCUAUGAACCAUAUAAGAGACUAACACCAAGAAGAAUCUUAGCACAUCCUUUCUUUGAUGACUUAAGAAAAGAACAAUACUUCUUCCCUAGGGAACAUUCUCAACCUGUUCGUCUACCUGACCUAUUUAAUUUUACUAGCAUGGAAGCUCAAAUAAUAGGAGAAUUAAUCACAUCAAUCAAACCAAAUGAGGAACAAUAG